AUGAAUCGCACUUCUGGUGAACGACCAGCCAAGCGGGUUCGACAGGCCUGUGAACCAUGCAGGCGUAAGAAGGCAAAGUGCCCAGGCGAGCAGCCGGUUUGCUCCCUCUGUGCGCGGUUGAAUCAAAGAUGCGCCUACGCAGAGGACAGACUAAGGCCAUCCUUGGCUGUAUCUGGCUCCACGGGCGAGAAUGCUCCUAUUGCUAGUCAAACCGAAGACAGAAUCUCGGAGAUAUUGGACGGGCGACUCGGGAGCCUCGAAGCCAAACUAGGAGAGGUUCUUGAUGCACUAGGACAAAGUACUGUCAGAUAUGAUAGGCUGGCUCAGGCGCCACAGGCGCCAUCGACUCUCAGUACUUCAAUGAUACCUGCAGCCGUGAACUCACUUACCCCUCUCCCAUCAUGGGAGAAAGUUAUGUCUAUAGCAGAGUUAUAUCUCCAGUAUUGCGACGCGCAGCCUCUCCCUUUGUUUCAUAGGGAUGAUUUCCUCAAUAGCCUGGAGACUCGUGAUCCCGAAGUCAUUUACGCUAUUCUUGCGUUGACGAUACGGUUCUCCGAUGAACAAUAUAAAGACAUGAACGAGCUCAUGGUGCGAAUCAAUGGCUAUACAGAAAUGGCUCGAGGCCUGGUUAUGAGAAGAAUUUCGGAAGGACCUGUCGAGCUCUCCACUUUGCAAUGUCUAUGCCUCUUGAGCUUAAUUGAUUUUACCAAUGGCAACACCCAUCGCUCAAGUAUUCACAGCAGCUUAGCCAUGAACUUGGCCCUGUGCGCCAACCUCGGCUCCGAAACGAAUCCCACGCUGAGUCCAAGGACUCGCGAAGAACGCAGGCGAUGCUUCUGGAGCAUCUGUCUUUUGAAGCGACUUCACGGCUUUGAGUUUGAUAACUUUGACUUUCCAGAUGGCCGUUCACCUCCUUAUCCUGCAAGUCCAGAUUUGCCUCCCCGCUCCUCCUCGCCAAACGGUAGGGGCGAUGAGACUCGCUCGAGCGAUCUUAAAGACCAAGGCAUACUUGCAUACGUAAUUAUCCUCAGCGAGGUAUUUGCGAAGACCGCUAAAUACGUCCGAAAUCAUGGAAAGCCGAGCAACGUACCGCCCUGGUCUUCCCAGUCUGACUACUCUAAGAUCAUAACGCUCCAGAUGGAACUAGAGACUCGCAUGCCUUACCACCAUCGGUUCAAGCCAGCCAAUCUCAGCGAAAGAACAAUCGAGGAGCUGCAACGAGAUCGCGCAUAUUGGGGCGCUUUCUUUCUGAACCAGUUCCUGUACCACACCAUACUAUGCCUCCUUAAUCAUCCCCUCCUACUCUCCCUCAGUUUGAGGAACUUCAGGAGUACCAUCCCUGAGAUUUUUCUACAGCAUACGUCUGAUCUGAUUUCCUCACACACAACGUGGAUCAUCUACUUUAUCAACUAUUUUGAGGAAAAGUCUUUCAAAGUCUCGGAUCCACUGUUGGGAUACAGCGCCGCAGUGGUCGCCACCAUUGAAUUACAGUUGAGCUUCACCGAGGAUUCGGCGGUCCGUCAGGAAAAACGAGACCGGUUCUUUAAAUGUGUUGGCUUUGUACAGAGUUUGGGGCAGAAAUGGCCUCAUAUGGCGCGACUGGUUUGUUGGUCCCCAGCCACAACACCUGCAUUCGGCUAA